UAUACGAUUUGUUACGAACAUUAUGUUUAAUGUAAUUAUCAUAUUAUUUAACAGGAAAUAAUUAAAUAAAUAAUAAAUUGGUUUAUGUUAUAAUUUUAAUCAUGGUUUCAUUAACAAAUAAGGAGAAUCAAAAAUCACAUGUAUUAAUACCGGUUCUUCUUAGUGUUUGUGCAAUUCCAAUUUCUAUGUUAUUUUGGCUGAUAAAUGUAAUUUAUUCAGUUUUUUAUUCGGAUACUAAAAAUCAUUUAGAAGAAUAUCUGGUUAUUUCACCAUGGAGAUGGUUAAUUGCAGUCUUGUUUCCAAUUUUCAUGGCAUUUUGGGGUUGGAAAAAAAAAAGCUUAAACAUUAGUGGUGCUAUUUCAGGAUUAUUUGUGGGCUUCAUUCUGACACUUACUAGUUUUGCUCAUGUAGCUUGUCUCUUUUCAUUUUUUGUUACUUCUACUAAAGCAACAAAGUUCCGCUCUCAUGAAAAAAAAAAGCUUGAAGCACAUUUUGAAGAAAGUUCACAAAGAAGUUGGGUUCAUGUAUUAUGUAAUGGUGGCAUGGCAACACAAUUAGCACUUUUAUAUUUAUUAGAUGUAGGAUGUCAGGAACGACCAAUUGAUUUUGACAAAUAUUAUAGAAGUUCUUGGUUGUCAAUAGGAAUUUUAGGAGCCAUAGCAUGUUCUAAUGGGGAUACUUGGGCUUCAGAAAUUGGAUCAGUUAUUGCUAGUAAAGAUCCUUUUCUUAUUACUACUCUUAAAAGAGUUCCAAGAGGUACAAAUGGUGGUAUUUCCUGGGCAGUUGUGCUACAAUUAGCAACAUCACAGUGGCCUGUUAUUAUUAUUGGAGGAAUUGGAGGUUUUAUUGGUAGUGUAAUAGAUUCUAUUUUAGGAGCUACAUUACAAUAUUCUGGUGAGUGA